AUGCUUUAAAGUUUAAAUAUUAUAAUAUGAUGCUUACAGUUUUAAGAUUUUAAGCUCUACAUGAUCUUCCCUAGGAUGAGAUUCUGAAAAGAGAGAGCUUGAACUAUGAUAGUGAUUCCACACAAUUUGACUUGAAACUUGAAUGUUAUUUACACAAUUUGGUGAGAAUAAAAAUUGUGAAUAUUAUCAAUUGAAUUAUAUGUGACUGUGGAAAUAAAAUGCAUGUUGAAUAAUGAAAGCGACACCUACUUGGGACCAUAAUUUUAUGCAAACAUUCGUUUGUAUCCAAAUAAGAUGGCCUUUUGAAAGUUUAUAUAUAGAACAAAUCUCAACUUUUUGUAGCAUUGUUUAAUAUAUAAACUGGCAAUGGACCCUAAAAUACCAGUCAAUCUAUUACAAAAUAAAACAAGCUCUAAGGUUACUGUAACAUCAAUGAAAUCCUGUAUGAAUAAGCCGCCAUUGCCCAAAGAGCCAACAAUGUCGCCCGGCGCAUGUCAGGGAGAAGAACAGCGCACAGAACUAUUGGGAUCUUUGACCACACAGCAGCAGCAACGGACUAGCGCCAGAGUCAUCAAGAAGUUGCGUUUAGAGUCACCAGCGGAUAAACGAGACGUAACAGAAGGCGAUACGCCAAACAAAAUCGACGAUAAGGAGCCCCUUAAGUCCCCAACCCAGUUCCCAGUGAAGCAACGGAUGCCCAAAGCUCUUUGGUCAGCAGACGAAAAGAGUUUAUUCUUCGAAGCCUUGAACGAGUAUGGAAAAGACUUUGAUGCCAUCACAGCGUACAUCUGUGGGAAGAUGAAGAAAAAGGGCAUGGCCGACGGCUUGAAGACGAAGACACAAGUCAGCCACUUCUACUACAGGACGUGGCACAAGCUUUCAAAGCACGUGCAGUUUGAUGAAAACGUAAAGAAAGUUGCCCAAGAGCUAUACGCCCUAAUAAACUACGGGGAACUCCGGCGUAAGUUGGCAUCGGUGAGUGAGAAGACAUGCGCGCGACUCGGAGAAAUGGUCCGGGGCGGGAGCAUGGCGGUGCGUGCACGUGGUCGUACGUUACGUGUACGUACGCCUAUGUGUGCUGCGUUACGACGACUCAAUCAAAUUACUGAUCGCGCGUGUGGUACGCGUGUUUGUUCGCGUGCUCAAGUUGUAUUACGUGCACGUAAUACGUGUGCGUGGGCACGCGUACAAGCCGCAGCGCACAAUCCUCGCAUGGUGGCCGCCUUACCUUUGCGGACUCGGCUCGCUGCUUUUAUCAAAGCGCUGCAGAAACGGUGGAAAACCUCGCACUACAAAGAAUCCAUUAUUACAAAUGGAUUAGAAAAAGAUCAUUUGAGCCAUGAAGAUUAUGAACGAGAGAGCAAUGACGAGCUUGAAUCACAUCUCAACUUGGAGAUAGACAGGAUUAUAGCUAGAGAAGGUACACUACCUAAAAAGCUUGCGUUACACCUCGGACCUCGUCCCGGAGCAGAGAUACACUUACCCGUUCUCAGUCCAAGCGAACAGUUGUCCAGCCAGAAAAUCUGCUUCUCUUCUUACCUGGAGAGGAUGGGAUCUUUGCCUCGAGACAAGGAUAGUGUAAAAAUAAGAACACCAAAACGCCAAAGGAAAGAUAGCACAUCAGAAAAAGACAAAGAUGAGACGAAAAAGAUCAAAUUGGAUGAAGAUAGUAAGUUGAUAAAUAUUGACGAAACGGCCAUAGACGGUAUAGAGCUGAUGGCGCACUUUAAAAAUAUACAUGACGAUGAAGAAAAACCCAGUGAAGAUGAAAAGGAUUUGAAAGCCGAAGAAACGGCCGAGGAAGACGGAGAGCCGUUAGAGAGAGACAACAUCAUGUCGGAAAGGGAAAAGGACAGUUUCUCUGAGAUGGAGGAUGAGGAAAAAUAUAAUAAGAGUGAUACUGAUAACGAGAGUGAUGGAAGGGUUGAUAAGGAGAAGUUUAACCAUCUUAAGGUAAAAUUUCGAAUUCGGCCAAAAAAGCGUGGCGGCAGUAUCUACACAUUGGUUCAAGGUUCAGAUGAAAUCAAAAGCGAAGAGUUAAAGGCGGAAGAGCCGAAGUGUGAGGAGGAAAUAAAGCCUGUUAUAGACGUAGAAACAGCGAUACGACAAAUUCGCGCUGGUUGGAGUCAAUACGACGCUGGAGAUCUAACUAUCGGAGACCUAUAUCUUAUGCUUGGAUCUCGUUCGAAAUUGGAGCUCGACUAUUGGUGGGCCGAAGCCACGCCCCCUUUGCCGCAGCCAAUCAAAGCUCAGAAAACAUCCGAAAGCGACAAGACAGACAAGGACAGAGCUAUAGACAAGAGGGAGAAGGGUAACAAAACACCCGAAAAAGGCGACAGUUCUGUGGAAGACGAGAGAGACAAAAGUGAUACAGAUAUAUUGUUUUCGCCCAAGAACACAUUCAGCCAGGAUAGUAACGAUGGAAUGUCUGGUGAUGAGAGGAAAUGUGAAGCUCUAUCAUCUCCAGACCACAAGUCUUCGGGUACUCUGAAGCUGGUCAGCAAACUCAUCAACAGAGCUGAUCAACCAGCCAGCCAGGCUUCGCACGGGUUUUCUUUACUCAGUGAUAGAUUAAAGCGUCUCCUGGCGUUAGCUGGCAACACUCAUAUCACAACCGCUGCAAACGCUCCAAUGUCGAAAUGCAAUUGUGGACACGUGUGUCCAAAAAAACAGCCGCAGAAAUCGCAGCCGCACCCAACUCAAGAACCGCCGAAUUUAAUACCGAAAAACGAUUACAACUCAGUGUUCCGUCAUCCGACACCCAUAGCGCCACGCCCUUGUGCUACUGAGAAGAGCAGUGCCAUGAGCCUAGAUGGGCUACCGCGCCGUCGUCGCGGAAGGCCCAGAGUGUCAGAACGUGACAGCCCUAGGGUCGUCGUUCAGAGACUGUUACCUCUUCUGCCCAAGUUGCCUCCUACCAGCAAUUUGAUCCCAGUAAAACUAGUCCCGCAUUCGUCUGCGCCCACACCACCUAGGAUUCUGCCCAGACCGCCUCCUCCGCCGCCUACUUCAACCGCUGAUUUGUCAGCCUACUACGUUCUGAGUGAGUCGAACGGUCGAUUCUUCUUCCACGACGGAGAUCGUCGGAUUCCCAUAAACCCACCAGAAGAAGAUGAAGACCAUGAUAAAAUGAAUGGAGAAGAUACCAAUGAUGUUAAAGAAAAAGCGAGCAGCCAGAAUGGGGCGACAGACAAGUCGAAAGAAUCAAACUCUGUGCCAUCCUCGAUGAAGUCAGAACAGACCGACAUGACGAGUUUUCUAACAUCCGAGUCAAUGUCACUGUCUCCGUCCCGACUGUUGCGUGAUGCUGAGGGAUGGCUCGAAGGCUCCGUCCAAGAUUUCUCUCUCAGCUCGUUCCUCAACCAGCUGGAAGGACGUCAUCCGGAUACUGCGGUGGAAUCGCAGCUACAUUCUCUAAUGGCGGAGUCGAGCGUGGACUAUGUGGCCAAAUUUGCAGAUCUUGCUGCCGAAGUCACAGAGCAAAGAGACCAUAGAGAAGAACUACCUUAGUAUUUUAUAGAUGUAUCUGUGUAGAUACCGCCUUUGUAACUUAUGGUUUAUUUGUUAAAAUUAUGGAAAACAGAUUUUUUGAAUUAAGUAUUCGGGUAUUACAAAAAUUAUCACUGACAGAAAAAUAUUUUACAAAGUGCAGUAAACCCCCUUAUAACACGGUUAUAUUACGCGAUUUCAGUCUCUCGUAUAACACUUAUUCCACAAUAUAACGCGGGGAUUGUAUACGUUAUAUUUAUCUACUGUGACAUUUAUAAUGAUUUUUACAUACAUAAUUUGUUGUUCAUUUGUACAUAACUCGUUAUACAUACGCGUUAUGGGAGAAUGCUCCUACAACGCGGAACCAUACCUACGGAGGGAUUACUGUACAUUUUAAUUUUUAUAGACAAAUAAAAUUUGCAUGGUCAAGAUGGACAAGAAUUAUGUUGAAAAGGUAAAAAACUUUGUGUUUUACCUGAAUUGUAUAUUAGUUUAAAUGUUAGUGAUUUUAGCACACUUCGAUGGAUCAUUCAAAUCAAUCAAAUCAAAAUACGUUUAUUCAAUUUAGAUGCGUCUUAGGGCAUGCUUAUGAAUGUCAAAAACGUUUACAAAAUUCGCAUUAAUAAGAUAACCUUGUAGGUAUUUUAGUUACUUAGGUUUAGUGUAUGCAUUGUAUAAAAAAUAUCGAUAUAAUAUUCUACAUUUCUAUUAAUGUUAUUUAUUCCAACUAUUGAACUUAUUGUUGACAUUAUACAGAUUUAUUUUGAUUACCUACUAGUAGGGGAGCCCUUGAUGCUAAUUGUGCAUUUACUCCGGUGUCGUGAAAUCCUAUUUAGACUUGGUACUAUAGCUAAAAAAAUAUUAAAUAAAGUUUUCUAUAAAGUCUGUGAUGUGAAUAGUUUUCAUAUAAAAUUUGUAAGUCAUUUUAGUAGGCUAUUUGAAAAAAAUUUCAAAACCAUUUCAGAUUUUUAAUAUUGACUGUAAAACUACUACUAUUGCCUUAAAAACUCAGAAGACAUACUAUACUAAAUAUAUUUUGACAUGUCAGAGAUGUUAAACCUUUUUGGCUGGGCAGAUUUUUCAAUUUCAAUAUGAGUGUAUCCAUUUUAUUAAGUGCAGUGCUCCACAUGACAAGUGGUUUAACGGCGAGUGAUAAUUACGUCCCUUUUCAUCACACACAGUAAAAAAUGCACAAGUAAAGAUAAAGUUUUAUUUUUUAAAAAAGGUUUACUAAACCUGGAAUUGGUAGGCAAUGUUGCCAGCUAAGGUAUAAAAUAAAGAAAUUUAAUUUAAUCCGAUAUAAUGUUCGUGAUAUUGAAAUGUUUGUUAUUUUUGUAUUAGGUCACUUGAGUAAGUAAAUAUUUAGAUUUACCUUUUUUUAGGUAGAACA